AUGUGCAUCGGCAAGCUGGAGUCUCGUAUGAUCUGCCGACUGCUGGAGUAUGGACAGACACUGAUCAAGGUGAAGUCGGCCCCUGUGUACCAGGAGUGUGUGUACCCUCUGUGUGGCCUCUGUGAUACCAGGAUCGGCCCCUGUGAUACCAGGAGAGGAGAGGUAUGUGUCCUCAACCCUGUGGCCCCUGUGAUACCAGGAGAGGUAUGUACCCUACCUCUACCUCAGUACCUGUGUAUGUCGGUGUGUACCAGGAGAGACGCUAGUCUGACGGCUGGUUCUGGUUCUCCAGACGCUAGUCUGACGGCUGGCACCAAGGUGGUGGCUCGUGUGUCUCUGUGUGUGUGUGUCGAGGAUGUCAUCGGCAAGCUGGAGUCUCGUAUGAUCUGCCGACUGCUGGAGAGGACAGACAUGAUCAAGGGUUUCAUGGAAGACGAGGGUCGUCAGAGGACCACGAAGUACCUCGGCCAUCUGCACGUUGACGAGUCUGAUCUGCUUCGACAUCUCGUGAAAGAGCAGGAGCGAUCAGACCGGCUUCGCACUGUAGGGGGAGGAGGGGACGGAGAGGGGGCCCCCCAAACCCCAGCACAGGCCACCCUAAAAACACCAGCGACCACAAAGACUCGGCCUGCGCCAAAAACAACAUCGCCUCUGGAACCUCUGGGAAACGCAGAGGGAGAGGAGGAGAGAGAGAGGGAUGAGGAAGACGAAGACUGGGAAGUCGAGAAGAAAAGGAAGAAGGGAACGAAGAAGAAAAAUGCAAAAAAAAAGAAAGUGGGCAAGAUGUCUCUCCUGAAGCAGUCCAAACUCAACUUCCUGGUAGCUCAUCACUCUGCACCCGUCACGAGUGGAGCCAAUCAGGAGCCAGAGCUGGAAUCUUGGCUCAGCCCAGUUGAGGAGGAGUCGUCGUCGUCAAAAUUCGGUCCUGACGUUUCAUUGGACCAGACUGGGAGUAUGUUCGCAGGCAACAGCCAAGCAGAGGACAGCGUCACGGUCAUCGAGGAGAUCCCCAGUCAGAAGGAGCACCACCGCCAGACCUACCGCCUGCUGAAGAGGAAGAAUGUGAUUGUGGAAGCUGUUCAGAGCCUCAAGAUCAUAGAGGGCCUCUUCACAAUCCAGAGGUUGGUUCAGGAUGAGGAGAAGCUAGAUGGAGUGAACACUAAGUGUUGUAAGAAGUCUAUCCUGCGUCUCAUCAGAUCUCUGUCUAAAGAGGGAAUGCUCAAACUGUUCAGGACCACUGUGAUACAGGACGGAGUCAGCAAGAAGGUGGAGUUUAUAGUCCACCCCUCUGUCUCUCCUAGUGAUGCUUUAGUGAAGUCGGCUAUAGAACAGGUCCGCUUCCGCAUCUCCAGCUCCUACCCUGCUGCACGUAAUGAAAUGCAGGAAGAGGAGAAGGCUAAGGAGAGAGAGAGGAGCAGUGUGGGAAAUGAGGUCCCUGCUAAACCCCAGAAUAUGAGAACAGAGGACAAGAUGGGAGACAAAGACAAACAACUGAAGAACUUCAAACCUUCUAUAGUCCCAGGUCUCAGCAGGUCUUUGGGGUACCAGCCUAAGAUGCCGUAUCUGGUCUACGGACACCCCCUGAGACACCCCUCUGCCCUCCACAACACCUCUAUCGUCCCCCCCACUGAUAACCCUGGUGUCCAGACGACCUGCCCCACCACCCGCAGUAACCCCUCACAACCCCAAACUACACACCCUGACGACACCCAUCCUUCUAGCUCUGAACACACAGACCAUACCACCCCAACCCCCCGAAACACAGACUCCCCCAAUCCCCAGAACUCAGACCUCCCCACCUCUUCCCCCCGAAACACAGACACCCCCAAUCCCCAGAACUCAGACCUCCCCACCUCAUCCCCCCGAAACACAGACACCCCCAAUCCCCAGAACUCAGACCUCCCCACCUCAGACCUCCCCCCCGAAACACAGACUCCCCCAAUCCCCAGAACUCAGACCUCCCCACCUCAACCCCGAAACACAGACUCCCCAAUCCCCAGAACUCGGACCUCCCCACACCCAAGCCCACCCACUGACAACGCUGCAGUAAGUGACCCCGCUUCCACAGAGAACAGAAGAGCAGGAGGUGAUCAAUCUGACAGAUGUCCCGACCCUGACAUGAAAGUCUAUGUAGAUGAGGUGUCUUGGAGGAGGUUCAUCCCCCCGGCUCCAGUCCACAGAGAGUUCGGUCCAGGCUGGGCCCUGACCUCUGAUGUUGUUCUCUGUCUGCCUCUCUCCAUCUACAUUCAGAUUAUACAGAUAUCCUUCAAGGUGGAUGGUUUGGAGGAGUAUCUGAACGACCCAGUGAAGCAGCACUACCUCAUCAGGUUCCUGCCUUCUAGGAUGAAGACCCAACUACUGCACAAACGGAAGUACAUCUUUAGUUUCCAUGACAGCAUGCAGCGUCUGAUUUUCAUGGGUCUGCUGCAGUUUGGCCCGGUGGAGAAGUUCCAAGACAAAGACCAGGUGUACCUGUAUGUGAAGCGUAACUGUAUGAUAGUAGACACUACUAUGUGUGAGCCCCACUAUAACCUGGUGUUGGAGACGAAGGUGUUUGAGAGACGCAGAUACACCCUGAACACCCUGACAGACGUAGAUAACUACUGGUUUGACCUGAUGUGUGUCUGCCUCAACACACCACUUGGCGUGAUCAGGAAGGAGCGUCCGAAGAGAAGCUCUGCCUCCAAAUCCCAGGAGGGGCCAGUCGGGGUUCCCGUGGAAACAGACCGCCACAAGUUCCGUCACCUAGAUCACAUGCUCAAGGGCAGCAGGGAGGUGUGUUACACAGCAGUAAUACCAGGGGACGGUAAAGGAGCAGGAGGUCUGGACUCUGAGUUCUUCGGACACCUCAAACGCAACUGGAUUUGGACCUGUCAUCUGAUGAGAACCAAGAGGAGCAACAACCAGUACGAGUCCAGUAACACCGUGAGACUGAAUAGUCUACUGACCAAACAUGUGACCAUGGAUAGAGGCCCCAAGUUCCCCGGGCCCCAGUCCUCUAAGCAAGGGGUCCCAGCAGGGUUGAGGUUGGAGGAGGUCCACAUCUCCACUGAGCCGUCCAGUAGGAACCGGCUGGUUAAAGGAGGGAAGAAGCAGAAGAGGAAGAGAACCAUUAAACUGAAAAAACAGGCCAAAACACCACCGAAGAAGAAGAAAGUCGAGGUGAGAAAGCGGCCCCCAGUCCAUGAUGCAGCGGACCACAAAGCUCUGAUGAUGAUGACCAGACAGAGAGUCACAUGGAGCGUCAGCGAGGACUCUGUCCUCAUCCUCUGCAGAGUCGCUUCACACUUCCUGAACCGCAAGCUCCGCAGGCCCUUCGUCCCGUGGUGUGUAGUGAGGGAUCUGCUCCACGCAGAGUUUGAAGAGUCUCUGGAUAAAACCUCUCCGUCUGUUGGACGACGAUCACGUUACAUUCUGAAGAACCCACAGACAUACCUCAACUACAAGAUCUGUCUGGCGGAGGUGUACCAGGACAAGCCUCUGAUAGCGAAACUACAGGGAAGGAAACACGACCCCAACGACCCCAAGGAAUGUUCGACAGUGUUCCGUGAGUUUGUGUCGUUACUCAGACAGAAGUUCAGCUCCGCCUCCGGGUCGUGUGAUGUCACCAUCCCUGACACCAAGACACAGCUGUUCUCACGGUUUAAGGUGUACACCCUGGAGGACAUGUCAGAUGAGAACACCAAGGACUCUCUCAACAGUAUUGAGGACAUCCACUCCCUUGUGUUGAAUAAUCUGAUCCAGAGUACAUUGGCCAUGUCCAACUCUCAGAUGAAAUGCUGCCGAUCCUUCCAGACCUUCCAUACCUACAGUAGGUACCGUCAGGAGGUUCUGUGUCAGGCGUUUGUCCAGUGCAGGAAGAGGGGAUUGGUCAACAGGCGAAGGAUCAGUCAACUGUGUGGUCCCAAUAAGAACCGUGCCCUACCCAUCCUGCCCAUGUCUUACCAACUGUCUCAGAGUUACUACAGGUGUUUUACAUGGCGUCUGCCCACGGGUCUGUGUACAGAGGUGUUUGACUUCAUGCAGGCCUUGAGUGAGAACGGGACUGGAGACAACCACCCUUCCACGGUCUUCAUACACGAAGGAAAGGAGAAGGAGAAGAGGGAGAGAGGGGAGGUGGGCACGGAGAGAGGGGAGGUGGGCACGGAGAGAGGGGAGGUGGGCACGGAGAGAGGGGAGGUGGGCACGGAGAGAGGGGAGGUGGGCACGGAGAGAGGGGAGGUGGGCACGGAGAGAGGGGAGGUGGGCACGGAGAGAGGGGAGGUGGGCACGGAGAGAGGGGAGGUGGGCACGGAGAGAGGGGAGGUGGGCACGGAGAGAGGGGAGGUGGGCACGGAGAGGGAGGUGGGCACGGAGAGAGGGGAGGUGGGCACGGAGAGAGGGGAGGUGGGCACGGAGAGAGGGGAGGUGGGCACGGAGAGAGGGGAGGUGGGCACGGAGAGCGGGGAGGUGGGCACGGAGAGCGGGGAGGUGGGCACGGAGAGCGGGGAGGUGGGCACGGAGAGAGGGGAGGAGAGAAGUGAGGAGAAUAUGGAUAAGGAAAGAGGGGAGGAGGAGAGAGAAAAAGAGCACGAUGAAGAUAUGGAGACAGAAGACAGAGGGAAGAACACAGAGAACGAGCAAUUGGAGGAGGACGAGGACAACGCGGCCCACAACCAAGAGGAAGAACCGGUCUCGUCGUUUACCGUCCAUGGAGUUGAGUCGACCUCCGGGGACCCUGCCUCCUGUCCUCUCACCCAGACGGAGGAGCCGGAGUCGGGCACAGCACCCGGCCGAGACCCCUCUCUCCCUCUGGAUCUCACGGAGAUGUUGCAGUUCUCUCUGGAGUCCCCGGGGGGCGCCACUCUGGCCUGCCUCAGUCUGAUGACUCUGGGUCUGCUGUCAGUCCACGUCUCCAUACCUGAACACAUCGUGGUGUUGGACAGCACCAUGGUGGACAAUGAGGUGGUGAAGAGUAUCUCAGUGCUGGCUGAGGAUGAUGAUGAUGAAGAGGAGAACGAGGGGCGGAGGGGGAUCGAGGUGAGGGCUCACAAGGCGUCCCACACCAAGUACCUGAUGAUGCGUGGAUACUGCGUUCCCGGGAUCGUCAACCUCCGAAACCUCAACACCAACGACAGUAUCGUGGUGGAAUCAUGCACCAUGAGACUACAUCUACGACACACACCUGUACACACGCUGUUUAAUACCCAGGACUCUCCUCCCAUAGACUUCUCCAGACAUGGUCCCUCUCUCCUCCCCGCUUUACUCUCCCAUUCCCUCAAAGCCCAUCCCUCCUCCUCCUCUCCCUCCUCCUCCCCCAUCCCCUUCUCCCCCUCCUCCUCCGUAGAGGUGUGUGAGGGGCGUCUGGUGACUCAGAGAGGUUAUAGCCCAGAGGACAUUGGUGCUGUGGCAGAGCUGAGAGCUACGCUGGAGAGACACGGAGCCUUCGGAUUGGACAGGUUGGACCUGGUGACAUCACACACACACCUGGCCGACCCGAGAGACGGACGGACCAGAGGUCUGCAGCGGUACAUACAGGACUUGCUGGAGGAAGAGCUGGUGUUGGAGGUGGGAGGGAGCUCAGUGCGUCUGGUGUUACUGAGUCACGCGGGGCCCUGGCUACUGACCUCCACAGAGAGGCAGAGAGACCGGCCACACCAAGCCCAGCGAGGAGCCUCUGCCUUUGGGGACAGAAACCACCACAACCCCCUCCUCCGCAAGAGAAGAAUGGUGGCCCCCAGAGAGCAGGAACCACGUAGUAAGAGAGGGAGAAGAGAAACGCUGAUGGAGGAAGAGGAGGUCGAGAAGAGAGAGGAGACACCGGAGGAAGAGGAGGAGAGGAAGAAGAUGCAGCCUGAAGAGAAAGACAGGAACGAGACUGCAGAGGAGACAUGGAUGGAGAGAAGAGAGGAGGAGGAAGAGAAAGAAGAGAGGGUACAAGAGGGACCAUCAUCUACCAUUGAGACAGAACAGAGCACAGAGGGCGACGGCGAGAAGCCAUUUUCAUCUCUAGCCGAGGAAGAGGAUGGUGAAGCUCGCGGACUGCCCGAGGAAGAGGAUGGUGACGCUAGCGGACUGCCCGAGGAAGAGGAUGGUGACGCUAGCGGACUGCGCGAGGAAGAGAACGACAGCGGCGGUGUGUGUGACGUGUCAUUCGUCAGUCGUCCGUGGCGUAUCGUGGACGGCAGUCUGAACAGGCCGGUGUGUAAAGGCAUGCUGGACGCUGUCCUCUACCACAUCAUGACCCGGCCUGGUUUACCAGAACACGUCUUACUGGAACACUACAGAGGGGUCUUGCAGCCAGUGGUGGUACUGGACCUCGUGCAGGCCCUCGUUGAGUUGGGCUGUAUCAAGAAGAAGUACGUGACCAGACGUCCCAAACCCUCCCUCUUCUCCCGUCCAGCCGCCGUCCUCAUGGUGGGGGAGGAGAGAGAGGGAGAGACGGGGGUGAGGCUGGAGGAGACGGGGGUGAGGCUGGAGGAGACGGGGGUGAGGCUGGAGGAGACGGCCACUGUGUUCUAUGAGCCGACCAUCGACUGUUGUCUGCGUCUAGGACCGGUUUUACCCCAUGAAAACAACUGGAACCAGUGGGUCCAGUUCGCACAACAUGAGAACAAACAGUAAGGACUGGAGUUAAAAACUGAUCUGGGUUCUAAUUCUUUCGUACACGCUGUAGUGAAACGUUUUUAUACUGAAAAUGUUUUUGCGACAAAAAAAGUUUAUAUUGUGAAAAAUGAAAGUUAGUCCCAGGCCGUUUCGUUCCCUAUGAUUCUGUUUGGUUCCAUUGAGUUGUUAGUGGAUACACACCAGGACUGCUAGGGGACGGGAGUUUUACUUGAUCAUGAUUAAUAGGCCCAGGAGUUUCUUCACAGUGGUUAACCCAAAGGUCUUUAGUUCUGACUCUUACCGGACAGCAAGAUUAGAUUUUAGCUAUAAAAAAAUGAUGUUUAGUUUCAGUUGUAGUGACACAGAGCUCUGGGAAUUAGUUUCACGUCUUAGAUGUCCUUUCAUUGGGGAGAACCUGUUAUGGUUUCAUUUCAGUUUUGUUAUUGUUUUCUUGAAAGUGUGAUUUAAUAAAAAUUCAAAUCGUGAAAUGAGA